AGUUCCUGUUUGGGAGUAUAAAUAAGAAGUUUUAAGACCAAAGUUUGAGCUGUGUGGUAUUCCCAAUGCGAAGGAUCAAAGUGGCUUAAAGGUUCUUGGUUGCACUGACUUGACGGUCUCAAGUUAAUGUUUUCAUCCCUUCAUUAGACAACAUGGCAGAACGCUUACUCAGUGCUUUACUGCUUAUCUUGGUUCUGGGAUUGGAGCAGGGAUCCUCUUCUGUUCUAAAUAACCAAGACCGAUUUGAAGGAGACACCCACACUACCCCAGACGUGGUGGAUGACCUUGCCGAAAUGAAUGACCUGGACAUGGAACAGGUGCAAGAAAGCGAGCCGACCGAUGUUUGCAAACAAAUAAAAGAUGAAUUCAAAGCCGUGGCGAACAAAUCCAUGGCUGAAGCCAAAAGCGAAAAACCUGAUAGCUUACUAAAACAGAGAAAGGCAGAAUAUACAUUUUGUCCGACAAAAAACUUUCAGAUACUACAACAUGGUAAAAAAUCAGAGGCGGACGACUCGAAAGUGCUUAGGGCUUUACAGGACGAAGCUUGUGUCAUUAGUGCCAUUCGAGACAUUUGUGAGAAAAAAAAUGUUUUGCACCUUUUAAAAAUAACUGCAAGUGGGGAGGAGAGAAUAACCAUCUGCAGGAGAAAGGUUCUUCAGUGUUUACAACCGCGACAAUUACGGCACGCGGAAUGUCGAAAUCAGUCUAAGGAGGAGGCCCGUUUUAGAACAAUUCAUGGAACUUGCAAUAAUGUGCGACAACCCUUAUUUGGAGCAGCCCCUACUCCCUUCAAACGACUACAACUUGCUGAUUAUGCAAAUCAGGUCUCGACACCUCGUGAGGCACUAAAUGGAAGCAAGUUACCCAACGCGAGAAACGUGAGUCGUUUCGUCCUUGCCUUCAAUGCAGACCGCCAAAACCCUGAUUCUCCAACGCUGACACACUUGGCCAUGAAUUGGGGUCAGUUCCUGGACCAUGACGUAACGCUGGCGGAAGAACAAAAAAUUAACUGUGAAGCCCCAAACUCCACUAACCCAGAGUGUUUCAACAUUGAGGUUCCGUCCGAUGAUUACGUCUUCCGGAAGAGGGGUGUUUCAUUCUUCAAGGUGAUUCGAGAUGCUCCCGAUCAAUUUAAAACAGAGUGUUCACCAGGACCAAGAGAGCACACCAAUACGAUAACAGCUUUCAUCGACGCGUCCAACGUUUACGGCUCUGACGAUGAGGAGGCUGAACACCUUCGAGCCCCCGAUGGGAGAAUGAGAAUUAUGAAACCUCUAUACGGCUGCCCUUUGGGGGAUCUUUUACCAGCAGAAACAGAUACUGAGGUGCCGUGCGUAUCAAGAGAUCCUAACAGACCUUGUUUCGAUGCCGGAGACGAAAGAGUGAACGAGAAUCAAGGUCUCAUGUCAGUUCAUACUCUGUUCGUCCGGGAACACAACCGAAUAGCAGAUUUUUUUGGUAAAAACACAGAUUGGGAAGCAGAGCAGAUUUACCAGGAGACCAGGAGAAUUGUCGGGGCGGAAUUACAAUUCAUUACAUACAACGAAGAUCUGCCAUUGCUUCUUAGCCCCAAAACGAUCAGAGAAAAUAAUCUCUCUCUGCUGAAAGGAAGAAGGUAUUUCAAAGGUUACAACCCCGAUGUCAAUGCCCAGAUGUCCCAAGCCUUCUCUGCGGCUGCUUACCGAUUUGGCCAUAGUUUGGUUCAAGAGGAAUUUUUACGUUUUACUCAAGACGGCUUUGAACACAAAUGCAGCAGUGAUUCUAAGUCAGAGUAUCCUUCCAUCCCCGUACUGGACUUUGGUAAUCCAACCUACCUUUAUGACAAGUGUAGUGGUGGUGUCGAUUCCAUCUUUAGAGGCUUAGUGAAGAGUCCCGCAGCCAAAGUUGAUGGGCUCUUUUCCAAGUCUGUACAAGAAAAUCUGUUUCGAGGCCCCGGUGACUUGUCUGACCUCAUAGCCAUCAACAUCCAAAGAGGACGCGAACGCGGUGUGCCUUCAUACACGACAUAUCGAAACGAGUUUUGUAAAAUUACACCAAAAGUAGGCAAGUUCGAAGAUCUGGAAAAUGCUGGCAUUGGCAAAAAAGAUAUAAAUAAUUUGAGGUCCCAGUACCAGUCUGUCCAGGACAUCGAUCUUUUUGUUGGAGGAAUGAUGGAACGUGCAGAUCCGGAGGGGGGUGUAUUGGGGAAAACCUUUCAAUGUCUAAUAGCCGAGCAGUUCAAACGCCUACGAGAGGGUGAGCGCUUCUGGCAUGAAAAUGCGCCCAACGGAAUACUAAACACGACAAAAACAGCUUUCACGCAAUGCCAACUGCAAGAAAUAAGAAGAGUAACAUUGGCCAAGAUAAUCUGCGACAAUGCUGAGAACAUCCCUUCUAUUCCCAGGAGGGUAUUGCAACAGUCAAAGAUAUUCGUCGAAUGUUAUAAGCUGCCCGAAAUGGACCUGAAUGUGUUUAAACCAGGUUUCAGAUGUCGUGGGACAAGAGCCAAGAGUGACGCCCCAGAGGAUGAAACUGACGAAAUUGACACUCAAGAGGAUGAAAUUGACGAAGAAUUUACUGAAUAAUCCAUCUACGAAAAUGAAAUAAUUCAUUGGCUUCUUGGCUCCGAUUCGAGGAUUUGUACUUUGUUAGAAAACAGUUUAGGUUAAGUCUACUAGUAUAUAAUUUUUGAAUUUAUUUGCGCAGGAAGUAGAGAGUGGUUUGAGGAAAACUGAUUAAAAUUCUUGCAAUGCAAUAGGAUAAUGUGCACGGAUAAGCCUGUCUGCGAAACUUAACACUUCUUUGUAAUUGACUCUGCUGUUUUCAAACUCACAGGGGAUGGUGCCCUUAUUUUUACCAGUCUUAGCCUAAAAGAUUUUGCCAUUGGUAGAUCUGAGAGGCAUUAAGCUGUUGUUAUUGUUGCUGUUGCUCGUAGUUUUUAUGUAGAGAGGUUUCAUUACACAAAACUAUUUAGGUCAAUCAUUUUGGAAGCUCGCCGUAUUUCUAUUUAGAUAUCAAUACAAAAAACUUCACUGAGGCAUCAAUCAGUGUCACGUUAUUGACUAUGAACAUCUAAAUGCACAGCUGAUCACUUUUCAAGUAGACGCCCCUGAGUCUAAAUUCACCAGCUUUAUGACCCAGCUCUCUUAGUGGCUUAACCACUACACCAUAGCAUCAGUUAGUCAACCAGACGAUUUGACGAGACGCUGCCCUGUAUCUGCGUUUUUUUUUUUUGUUUUCUUUUAAUCUCAUUAACGCGUAAAUUGAUGUUUACGUUUUGCGCAAACAACCAACGACGUGCAACACUCAAAUCCCCGCUAAUGAGCAACGUAAAACAUCCAUAAACUUCUAAAGGUUCGUCAUAGAUAUAUUUUUGAUGUACAUUUGGUAUUAUCUAACAACUCUAAAACACGAUUUCUACCAAUUCAUUCAUAAAACUAAUCAACCAGACGGUUUGACGAGGCGCUACCGUGUAUCUGCGUUUUUUUUGUUKUCUUUUAAUCUCAUGAACGCGUAAAUUGAUGUUUACGUUUUGCGCAAACAACUAACGACCUGCAACACUCAAAUCACUGCUACUUAGCAACAUAAAGCAUCCACAAACUUCUAAAAGUUUCAUCAUAAAUAAUAUUUUGACGUUCAGUUGGUAUUAUUUUACAGCUCUAAAACAUGAUUCCUGCCAAUUCAUGAAUAGAACUAAUCAAUCAGAUGAUUUAACGAGGCGCUAUCAUGUAUCUGCGUUUUUUGUUUUCUUUUAAUCUCAUGGACGCGUAAAUUGAUGUUUACGUUUUACACAAACACCUAACGACCUGCAACACCAAACCACUGCUAUUUAGAAACGGAUAGCAUCCGUAAACUUUUAAAAGGUUCAUUAUGAAUCAUUUUUUUGAUGUUCAUUUGGUAUUAGCUUACAGGGCUCUCCUUCCAGCUCUUAUGGAACGUCAAGUAAUCGAACAAUUAUGCGUAGAAUCAGUUUUUCAAAAUUAUCCUUUUUGUGUUAGGUGAUCAUUUGAUCGGAUUAAUUUUUUUAGGAAGCAGUCAUUUCCAUAGUUUUUUAUGCUGGAGAAUUUGUGAUUUUCUCAAACCCUUGUCCAAUUUCUAGAGUAUACUUAAGUGCGUAAAAGAUUUCGUAAGGCAAUCUUUCAAUAAACCGUGGUCAGUUA